UGCCCCAUCGUUGGUGUCAGUGGGAGGAAUAGUGCCCCAUCGUUGGUGUCAGUGGGGAGGAAUAGUGCCCCAUCGUUGGUGUCAGUGGGGAGGAAUAGUGCCCCAUCGUUGGUGUCAGUGGGGAGGAAUAGUGCCCCAUCGUUGGUGUCAGUGGGAGGAAUAGUGCCCCAUCGUUGGUGUCAGUGGGGAGGAAUAGUGCCCCAUCGUUGGUGUCAGUGGGGAGGAAUAGUGCCCCAUCGUUGGUGUCAGUGGGGAGGAAUAGUGCCCCAUCGUUGGUGUCAGUGGGAGGAAUAGUGCCCCAUCGUUGGUGUCAGGGGAAGGAAUAGUGCCCCAUCAUUGGUGUCAGUUGGAUAAAUAGUGCCCCAUCGUUGGUGUCAGUGGGAGGAAUAGAGCCCCAUCGUUGGUGUCUGUGGGAGGAAUAG